CAGAUGAAACUCGCCCACGUCUGAUAUAGGAGUAAGUAAACCUGAAAUUUGCAGAAAACCAACAGCAAAAAAUUGUCAUUACCCUUAUAGACGCGUUAAAACCAGCACAAAUUGGAAGGGCACAUUUGACAUAUUGGAAAUUGUAGGCUGGGGAGUGAGCCGUAGACAAAAUGAGGUGUGAAUAUGUCACUCGAAUAACUUCAAUAGUGUUAAUUAUAAUCUGUCUGGUGAAUGAAAUGGUUUCCGAGCCAAGAUUUAGUUGGGCUGCUAGACGUCGUCGUCGAAGGUAUUGUAAGCCAGUGGACUGCAUCCCUGGAGAGUGGAGCCCAUGGAGUGAUUGUUCUCACACUUGUGGCCCUAACGGUCAUUCCACUACAAGAAGAAAGAUCAUCAAACCUGCUCAAUGUGGGGGAAAAUGUCUGGUGACCACUGUCGGUGCUAGGGCGUGCAAUCGCUUUUGCUUGAAUGGUGGAACGCUUAUACGUUCGUCGUGUCACUGCAAGAAUGGCUACAAGGGAGAAUGCUGCGGUGAAAUGGGUGAGUUAAAAAAGUUUCAAAAGCUGUUUCGUGAUCCGUUUUUUGAACAGUCAGUCGCUGCAUAGCGCAUCUCGUUUGCAUUAUUUUUGAAUCGUCACAAAACUGUAAUCAGCGGCCUGAGCUGACUAAGGCCCGGUUCAGGCGCCGCUUCACUCAUGUGCCGAACCUAACUGAUGAAUUAAGUACGGCAAAAGAGCGGCGUCUGAAUCAAUUUGGUACGGCAGUUUUAGUUUGGUGCCGCAAAAGCGUUAAGUUCGACAGAGUCUGUCGAACUUUUGUCGAACUUAACUUAGGUUCGACACACGGUACGCCGUCUGAAUCAGAUGUCGCGCCAAAGUCGAACUUAUUCAGUUAGGUUCGGCACAUGAAAAGUACGGCGUCUGAACCAGGCCUAAGAAUACUAAAAUCCUGUAUAUUGCAAUAAAUAACGCUGCUGAAUAUUUCAGACAGCUUUUUUAGGAUUGUCUGAAAGCUACAGACUCCCAAGUUAAAGUCGGUAUCGUAAUGUACGAUAAAAUGGAUGAAAAAGCACUAGGUUGUAGCUUGGGAUGGGACAGUUGCCAUGAAGAUAUGAAUUUUUACAGGAAAACAUAACUCACUUUGUUUAUUUAGGUACAGGCAAGUAAUUAUAAUAUGAUCUCUUGGUUUUCUUUCUUGAUUGUUCAAUAAUGUUAAGGAAUGAAUAUGGGGAAAAUAUACCGAGGUUCACUGAUUAUCACAAGUGAGAAGAAAGCAAAACUCUGAUCGCAUCAUGAAUAUACUAUGCAUGCUAGAUCGCCCCAUGUAAGGGAAUCCAGACUCCGGAAUCCUGGGCAUUGGAUUCCGGAAUCCUACUAACAAUUGGAAUCCAGAAUCCAAGUUCCACUGACAAAGAAUCCGGAAUACAGUUUCUGGACUGGAAUCCAUGGCAUGGAAUCCAGAAUCCAAGAUUGUCUUGGGGUGCGUUCCUUUGGGAUGAUCCCGAUCAGGAUCACAUGUGAUCCGAGAUCACUUGGAUCAUAUAUUGUAGAUCAAAUAAACCGAUGAAUCCACUGUGGACAAGGAUUCAUCAGUUCAUUUGAUUUACCAUGAUCCGAGUGAUCUCGCAUCACUGAUCCUGAUCAGGAUCAUCCCAAAAGAUUGGAUUCCCUUACAUGGGGCGAGUGCUAGACCUUUCACCUUUAACGGCGUUUUAGGCCCCCACUUUUUCCAAAGGUAACUUAAACACUACGCUGUGAACCAGAAAGAUCUGUGUUAGCCCUGAAAAUGGGGUCGUAUGGGUGAGUAAAAUACAAGCCUAUUUUGGGUCAGAGCCAAUACAGUCUAAUUAGCUAAGGUUGAUAAGGACCUAAUGGCUGAAUGAAAUGAGUCCCAGAUGGGCUGAAAUGAGCUCAGUUUUGACGGGGCUGUUUUUGGCUUACGUUGUGCUCAAAUGGCUCCAGGAGUGGCUAAAUAGGUCUUUGGCCUAACCAAAGAAAGUUCAUUAGAUGAAAAUAACUUCGCAAAGAACAGGAACUGUUUACAACAAUAACACUGUUAUUUACUGUAGAGAGCGGAACAUGGACCAAUUGGGGAGCAUGGUGCGCUUGUUCCAAGACCUGCGGCAGAGGGACACAAUACCGUAAGCGCUCCUGCACCAAGCCCCGUGGUUAUGGUUGUCUGGGGAACUCUGAAGAAUACAGGUCAUGUAUGAUGAAAUCAUGCAACUUAGGUAAGAGUUUGAUUUCAGUGUUUAACUGGUAAUUUCAUCGCUCUUUAAUCUCAAGAAUGUAAUAACCGAGGCUACUGCAAGUGCCAGAGGCUUUCUCUCGUCUUUCGAAGUAGCCAUUCAUUUACAAAAGAGUUCAUUUUGUUUCCAUAACGAAUUUGAAAUUUGCAUGUGCUGUCGAAGAGGCUUAAUCGUGAUUCUACGGCCACCGACGAGAAAGUUAGUAGAUGGGAAAAUAGCCGUAGUGAGACGGUUUUAUAAGAUUUCGGAAUCUCUCUGGCCUAGCGUCCUUUCCGCAAGCCCAUACCAGGUUCAGUCAGGGGAUCGUGCAACCAAGUCGUAGAUUGUGCCGGGAGGCUUUAAACGCGUCGUUCUCGCAAGACGGGGAAGGUAGGUGGGCUGCCAACCGUUUUACGCCCCGGACUAAAGUGAAGUAGAGAGCACCUUUCAUCAAGAGAGAAUGAGGUGUAAUUCCCUUUCUCUUUUGUACAACUAUUUGCAUUAUCAGCAAUUCAUCACCACCAUGAAAACGUCCGUAAAAUUUGGUGAUUUUUUGCCCAAUGUAAGGGAAUCUAAGACAAUCUUGGAUUCUGGAAUCCACGCCAUGGAUUCCAGUCCAGAAACUGCAAUCCGGAUUCUUUGUUAGUUAGUUGAACUUGGAUUCUGGAUUCCAGUCGUUGGUGGGAUUACGAAUUUCUUGAGCUGUAUGUUCCGGAAUCCAAUGCCCAGGAUUCCGGAUUCCACCAGUUAAAAUGUGUAGGAUUCCGGAGUCUGGAUUCCCUUACAUGGGGCUAGAAAUUGCUAAGCUACAUCUUCGCUCGUUUUUAAUGAAACGUAUCACUUUAAAACUUGGCAAGUUUACUUAGUUUUAGCCUUUUAUUCCUGGGCGUCAGUGUAUUUUUUCUUACGGGUCCGAGACCAAAGUUGGCGGGAAAAAAACGUGGAUGAUAUAAUUCACUAAAAACUUUCAAAACUGCAGCAACAACUCAUGCAGCUGACAUUGCAUAGCUAUUAGUCUCCCUGUUAUUAACGUGACUCUUCCCCUCUGAUCACAUCACCAGAUGGAGGCUGGUCAGCCUGGUCACACUGGGGACAAUGCACAGGUUCGUGUGGCUCGGGACUACAGACCCGUAAGAGAUCCUGUACAAACCCGCCUCCAGGCUACGGCGGGAAAAAAUGUUCAGGACCCGCAGAGCAGCAUAAAAACUGUUUUUUGCAACGGUGUCCAGGUGAUGUAUCAAUUAUAACCUGUUAACUUCUGACAUAAGAAAGAUUAAAAUAUUCAAUACUUUAGUAGAAAGACUUUUUCGGGAGGCCAUGAAGUGCACUGAUAUCAUUUUUCACAAAUUAAAUGUCCUGCCAUGACGUUUUCGAUGGUGGUCAGUUUAGGUUUUUGUAAAUUAAAGUAAACUAAAGUAAAAAUUGCACUUUCUUUGAGUUACAAUGUUUUUAGCACAAACGUUUUAGUUAUAAUAUUAGGCUGAUUUAGCAACAGAACGGGAACGUCAUUUGACGAUGUGAAAGCGCGCGGAAAGUACUAAACUCUACUUCCGGUGCCCAAUUUGCCACUCUGCCAUUGGUCAAGCCAGUUGUUUGAUUUGCGCACGCCGUCGUCAACUGACGUUCUCGUUCUGUUGCUAAGUCAGCCUAUAUUUCCUACUUGAGACGGGACCGCCAUUUUACGUGGUCAUCCGAGCCAUGCAAAGAUUUAGCAGUUUUCAUGAGGGCUAAGGCAAUACCUUAAUUAAUUUCUCAGUUAUUUUAAGAUCCUGAGUAAGGGUCCGGCUCUGGGAUCGAGCCCAGGCCUUCCCGUUCUGCAGUCAAGCGCUCUACCAACUGAGCUAUAAAGUCCAGCGGCGAUUAAUAGAGUGUACCAUGGACUUGACUGAUUAACGUGUGCAUGCCUCAAACCGGUUUUUAAAUGCGCCUCAUCGGGGUGUAGAACACAGAGGCAAAUCAUCAUUUUUUGCAUUAGUGAAUGGCGGAUGGUCAAGCUGGAGUUCUUGGGCUUCCUGUUCCAAGAGUUGUGGGUAUGGAUAUCAAUCCAAAAGAAGAUACUGUAACAAUCCAUCCCCGGGGUAUGGAGGAAAGCCCUGUGUUGGAGCCAGCACAAAAACACGAGGAUGUUCUGUAAAACGCCAAUGCCCAGGUUUGGUGACUUUAAUUUUACGAUAUUCUACAUAAGGAGUGUGUUAUCUUUUAUUUGAGUUGAAACUCAUUGAAAGAGCGAUUUUCCUUAAUUUGACUUAAAAUGAUUACGCAGGAACAAAACGAAAGCAACAAACGGACAAGUAUGUAAGAAUGAUAUUGGUUUCACGCGGAGGAAUGUGUUUGGCGUCAUUACGUGGGCAUCAAAUUUUAGAAAUGAGGAAGCGUGAAUGGCUUUUAGCAUAUCGAUCAUCAGCUGUGAGAAAGUUAAGUGUACAAUAAGUGUGAACUACCACAUCGUGAAAAACGAGAAGGCGAAGUGCUAGAACAUCAUAUGUAAUCAAUAAUGACUGGAGCCAAUGGAGUGUUCUUAGUGAUAGAUAGCUAGAGGUGAAACGAGUGACAUGGAGCGUGAUUGUUCUGUUCAAUUAUAGUUAUUGCAUUUUAUUUAUUUCUCAACCUCGGAUAAGGCAUCUCUAGCCUUAUCAUGAUCAUUGGCUCACUGGAUAUCGAUUUUCAGCCAUUAUUCCUAAGUAUGACCUUAAAUGGAAAAGAAGUGCGACAACAACAACGGCGAAUUUGGAGAGGACAACAGCUUGAAAUCCUACGCAAUUACAGACGACGUUUUGUAAUAUUUAAUGAAACUGGGUAAAAUUUAGCUAAUUUAAUUUCCAUUUUCCUUCUUGGAUACAAGACUGGGGGCUUAUGCAACGCAGGCUCAUGGAAUAACUGUUCAAAAUAUUUCGCUGUUAUUUAGUGGAUGGUGGAUGGUCAGGUUGGCAUUCUUGGAGCAAAUGCUCGAGGACUUGCGGACAAGGACACCAGUUCAGCCACAGAUACUGCAACAAUCCAACUCCGAAAUAUGGAGGCAAACACUGUGUUGGAUCAGACAAGAAGACACGAUCGUGUUCCAUUAAAUCGUGUUCAGGUAUUGAGUCUCUUCGAAUUCAGCCUCGUAUACAGAAUCCUUUAGCCUGUUCAGAAAAUCUCUAUUUUCUCUUUAGAGAUAAUCAAGUGCGAGUAUGAAAAUAAAAACCGUGGGGGAUUUCUUGACCACUAGCGUCAAAAACAUCUGUGGACAGGCUAAGAAGACUCUAAUAAUCCUGGGGCUCCGAAGUAGUUUAUCACUGAAGGACCAAAAAGAAGACUUGAUUUGUUGUUGAUAAUUUUUUUCUAGUAAGGACAACGUGUCCUAAAUGGUGUUUUUCAACGGUCAAUUAACUGAAAAGUACUCUUUUCGAUUUCAGAAAAAAAUAACUUGUCGUAGAACAGUCUUCUCAAAGAAAUAUGUAAUGUAAUAUGUCACGGAUGAAAGAACAACCGUUUUUGUGCUCUGUAUACUAUAUAAUGAAAGUAUUGCAGUUCUAAAAAUGACUCACUGUUACUUGCCUUACUCCAACCUGUUCACAGACUAUGACUUUUGGGGUAAAAUGAUGCAUUAGUCAGUGUCAACCGCCACACCCUCCCGGCCGAGACAUUUAACCAGCGCUCACUGAUAAAUUUGUAAUAUGCCCCACAAUCCAAGGUUAACUGAUUCUUCUGAUUAGAACUAAUAACCUCGCUUAGAGCCAGAAGUUGUUAUCUUGCGCUCCUGCUUCAAUGCGCGGAUUUUUGAGUAAGUCCACCACGGCAGAAAAUACCUCGGCUAUCUUGGCUGCCGUGAUUUGAACAGUCCCUUUUACCUGGGCCCUUUCGCAAAAAACUCCCUGCAAAUUCCCCACUAUGUCCGAGCCCAGAGCGGGGGUGGGAGGAGGGGUGGUGCGGGAGUCUAUAUUGACUUGUGCAUCCUUGCUUGGAUCACAUGCAAUAAGCAAUGAACGAAGCAUGUUGUGUAACUCAGGUAUUUCGUUUCAGUGAAUGGUGGCUGGAGUCCAUGGGGUAACUGGUGCGCAUGCUCUAAAACGUGUGGCACUGGAUCACAGUACCGCAAACGAUCCUGUACUAGGCCCCCUCCGGCAUAUGGAGGAAAACCAUGCGAGGGACAAGCUAAACAGACAAGAGCUUGUAACCAGAAGCUUUGCCCCGGUAUGUGUUAUGCUUGUAACCUUCGAAACACCGUGACGAACACUGGAGUUAAAAGUCAUUGUCAGCUUUCAUUUGGAACGCUCAAGAAAAUCUUUGAGAUAUUCUUUUGACUUAACGAUAUUCUUUUAGCGUAGGAAUCACCCUAAAAUAAAAUUUGGAUAAAAAGAAAGUAUUCAUUAUCUAAAUAAAGCACUCUUGCGCGUGCCAGCCACGAACCACAUGCCAGUAGAAACUCGAUCGCCCCACAGUGCUCGUGUUACUGGAAAUUUUCAUUUUCUUCAGUUUCAUUUUCCCUCAACCUCGUCUCCAGGGCUUUUUCCAUUUUCUAAGGGAAAGUCCUGGGGACAAGGUUGACUUUCCCCUGAAUUUCCGCCUUCAUUUUAUUCUCUUAACAUCAAAUCUGUCAUUUGUUUUUUGUUGUUGUUCUUAGUACAUGGUGGUUGGUCUAGCUGGACUCAGUGGGGUGCAUGCUCUAAAACAUGUGGAAAUGGAAAGCAGUACAGCAGACGGUACUGUAAUAAUCCCGUGCCAAAAUAUGGAGGCAAGAAAUGCUAUGGGGCAGCUGUAAAGACUAGGGAUUGUAAAGUCAAACCUUGUCCAGGUAACUAGGUUAAUUCUCAAAAACAUUAACUCUGGACUUUUGACUUUCAAAAUGGUCAAUAGUCAGUGUUAGCAGACUGUUUGAACAGACCAAUUAUUUUGAAAAAAACAAGUGCACAUGUACGGAUUCAUCGAUUCGAUUGUCAUGUUAACCAAAUGAAUGUCAAUAAACUGUUUAAUCGUGUUGUUUUGUAUCGUAGUUUCCAAAUGUUGCAGACGGGUGGAAUCACCAAAUGACGCAAUACCCCACAGCACAAAGCGAACCAACAAUGGUGUUCGCAGCUCCACGUCACGAAACACCUCUCAAUGUCCAAUAAUUUUCUUUCAGUAAACGGCCGCUGGUCAAAAUGGGCAGCUUGGUCCAAGUGCUCUAGGACUUGUGGGCAGGGAAAGCAAACCCGAAACCGAACCUGUACCAAUCCCCCGCCAAAAUAUGGAGGCACGUGCGUGGGUCCGGCUACUCAAACGAAGUCCUGUCUCGUAAAGAAAUGCCCUGGUUUGUGGAACCUCAAGUGUUUUCUCAAUUAUUCAUUAUUUAUUUAAAUCCGUUAGAAACUACAAAGCUUUGAGAAAGUCAACCUGUACUUAUUGCCGCAGCAAUGGGUUGUUUAGGCCAUUGUUCUUUUCACAGAUCCACUGGUUGGGUAGCCUGUGCCAGGCUCUCAGUCAGAAAAAGCGGGCGAACAAUGAAAAAGUGGGCGGGCGCGCGAAAAACGGCAGGGGGAGAGAAGGGGAGAGUCUGGAACAGGCUACUGGUUGUGUCAAGGGGGAACUGUAUAGUAAGUUCUACGCGCACUUUGCAGAACAAAAAAAACCAAACAAACAAAUAAAGUUCUGAUUAAAUAGCUGUAGUCACUGUAUCAGUUUUUCUUUUAUCAACUUAAGGUCCAUUUUCACCGACGCCUGUUUUGUUUGGUCUUGUUUGUCUCGAACUAAUGUUUCACGUAGUUUAUGGUCUCGUUAAUUUGCAGUCAACGGUGGCUGGGGUACUUGGAGUAAAUGGCAUGCAUGCUCUAAAACGUGUGGCAACGGCACACAGUACCGCAGUCGCUUCUGCAAUAAACCAAGUCCAGCACAUGGAGGAAAGCAAUGUUCAGGGCCAACCAAAGAGACACGAAAAUGUAACACCAAGACCUGUCCAGGUAGGCUCACUUUUCGCUUUUAUAAAUUUUUCUUAAAGAGAAUAAGGACAUGAAAACUCUUAGGUGGCCCUCUUUUUCAUUCCGACAAUAAUCACCAAUCAUUAAAUACAAAGAAAAAAUCUUGAAAACAUAAAAGGCUCAGUCGAAAUGGGCGAAAGGAGCUAAAAGGAGCAAACCAGAGCAAGAGGGAACAGGAAGAAGAGAGACCCUGGGAACGAGGGGAUUCGUUUCAGUAUCUUCUUUUUAAAUUACUUCACACGAUUACGUGCGUUGUAUCUUGAACUCCUGCGAGGCAAUGUCUCGUUCAAUAACACACUCGGAGAAUCGACCUACGCCCGACAAUUUAAGCACUUAUUCACUCUAUAUCAGAGUAAUAAACCGCAAAGUUAUCAUCAGUGCAUUCUAGGACAUUUUUACUGGAAUAGCGCUUAUAGUUGAACGACUCAGCCAGUGAAAAAACAGGCGACAUUUCAGUUUUUAUACAAGCAAACAUGGAAGAUAGAUAAUUUUGAAAUCUUGGGUGUCUUGCCUCAUAUACUCACUUGACUCUCCAAGUGUUUCUCCCCAUCAGUUUUCGCUAAAAAAAAUUUUUAUCGCAACCGUUUCGCACUGACCCUUUUAUUCGGAAUCUUCCUUAGUCAACGGUCGCUGGUCAUUAUGGGCAAGAUGGUCCGCGUGUUCUAAGACGUGUGGGACUGGAACCAAGACUCGAAAGCGAUCGUGUACCAAUCCCCCGCCUCAGAACGGAGGAAAGGGAUGCAAAGGAAUUGAUAAACAAACAAAGUCCUGUUUGCUGAAGACAUGUCCCAGUAAGUUCAACUCAAGUUUAAAAAUAGGAUUAUUCUUUUUCUCAAUAACAUCACAAUUACGUUAUUAAUAACCUCCUCUUUGUCUCCCGUUAUUACUGACUGUAUUUAGUUGUUCACACUUUCUAAAAAGAAAACUGCUUUGUGCGUUUUUCUGACAAUUAUUGAGGGCUACGAAUGAUUAAUUUUUUAGCGGACGGUGGUUGGAGCGCAUGGGGAAAAUGGUGCGCCUGCUCUAAGACCUGUGGCACUGGAACACAGCACCGCGGUCGGACCUGCACGAAUCCAAGGCCUGCGUAUGGAGGGAGACAGUGCCUUGGAGAAAACACGGAGACCAGGAACUGUAACACAAAUUCUUGCCCAGGUGCGCAUGCUCUUUAACCAAAAAACGCUCACAGUAAGGCUAUGUUCACACCAUACGGGAUAGCUUUUGCGCCAGCACUUGAGGGCUGUCCCGUGCAGUGUGAACACAGCAGCCUAAUACUCACACUUAAUCCGACCUUUCUUUUGUCUGUCGCACAAUUAGCUUUCCAUUGUUCGAUUUUAACCUAGUUUAACCUUACUUUAUUCAACUACUGCCAUGCAAUAUCAUUGGCUAAAAUAAAGGAAAAUGAUUUCUGUUCUGUAACUUUUUAGUAAUCAGCGGCUGUCGAAAUUCCAGCCAUGGCUUAAAACCGCUCAUAUAUUGACUAAAAACUGAAAACAGCGUUAAGAAAUAUCAAACUCGUAAAAUUGUCGUCCCUAUCAAUCUAACACCCCCCUCUCCCACCCCCUCACUCGAUACUAUCCGUCUCCCCCCCACCUCCCUCGAUACUAUCCGUCGAUUGAAGGGUCGCUUUACACUAAAGCUAGCUUUAUUUUACGUGAAAACCAGGUAAAAUCUGAUAUAGCUGAACUUACCAUUUGCGGCAGGCUGGUUCUUUCUUGACACUUGUGCUUCCUGUUUGUCUGAUGCUUCUUAGGUUAUGGUGGCUGGGGUUCCUGGGGAACAUGGUCAGCAUGUUCAAAAACCUGUGGAACUGGAUCUCAAAGCCGGAAAAGAACUUGUUUUGGUUACAACUCUGGAUAUGACAAAUGUCCUGGAUCACAUGAGGAGACGCGUGACUGUAACACUCAAAUGUGCCCCGGUAAGUCACGUUUUAGUUAUCUUGAACAGGGAAACAGUCAUUAAAGGAAAGAUGAACACCGCAAAAGUAAAAUAAAACAAGACGCUACGGAGCGUACACUUCGGCGUCGUGGUUGUGGAACUAAUUAAUUGUAAAUGCGGAGGAAUAGUAAGAAAUCAAAUAUGGUAAGAGUAAGGUGUUAAUUUGUGAAAUUAUGGGAUUUGUCAGGAUAUUCUGAAAAGAGCAUCAUCCAAGAGGCCUACUUGCCAAAAACUAGAAUUUCGGGACAAAUUGUCUCCGAGAUAUUAGCCCAGUUAUGCUCUGAUGACUCCAUACAAAUCGUUCUGAAAAAACAAUUCUCUAUUUUUCUUAGUCACAUCAGGCUUCAAAAACAGCAUAGCAGUCUCAUGUACUGAUUAAAGAUAUGUAAGGCAUGGGUAAGGAGUCAAUUACGUUGAGCACGGAAUUGGCUAAAACUCAAAGUCACGAGUUCGAAUGUUUUGAAAAUAAUUAUUCACUGACUAUCAGCACGCAGGGAUGUCGGAUUAACACAAGGAAGUUUAACACCAAAGGAACAUAGCCUUUACAGAGCUUUAAAACACAGCAUCCGCCAACACAAACUUGACUUGAACUUUGAGUAAAACUAAACAGCCUCUACCAAUAAUAACAAACUCUCACUUGAACUUCAGAUAUCUUGCGGCUUCCGCGAACUUGUAAACACAGAACCUGAAAAUCGACCUUCGUCACACUUGACUAAACACAGCAGUCCAGCUCGUGGGAAAAAACUUAGUUCGUCAAAAGAACUCGCUUGGAACUUGUAUACCGUUUGACAUAAGGUUCUAGAAAAUACCAAACAGGCGAAUAGUAGUAGCUUUUCGACAUAUUUUAUGAUUUCAGUAACUGAUGCAAAUCUGCUGAGUCAUGCUGAAAUGUAAACAUGCCCUAAUUAAUUAUUCAUGAAUAAUCCAAAAACGUAGAGAACGUUAGAGAAAGUCACGCAACGCAUGAAAGCAAUUUUACUACGUAACACUCAACAAAGACAAAAUGUCUUUGUGCAGCAUUUUGUAACUUUAAAUUCAUCAUAAAACAGUUCGAAAGGAGGGCUCACUCGUGAAAUGUUUUUCAACACUCAAAGAGAAAUUUCGUGUCUCUGCGCGGCCACGAAAUAUCCUCUAUUUAUUCCUCGAGUAAUUAAAGACUAAACUCGAAGUGAUCUCGAGAAAUCACGAAGUAGUCCGGUCUCAUUUCGGGAAAUAGUUGAAACAAGCCGAAAAGUCGCGAACUUGCACGCCCAAUCUUGUCCCGAAACGUGCAUCAUUUCAUAACUAUUUUUCAUAUCCCAAACAACCUUGGGUCGCAGUAGCGCAAUCGGCUAAUCCCUCAACUUAGAGUCUCCUCUGAUCUGACAAGUCACACAGGUGAGUCGGUUCAAACCCCGGGAAAGCCAAAAUAAUAAUUCUUUCUUCCUCGAAAAAGUUAAAGAAAUCGAAGUGAUCUCGAGAUAUCUCGAACUAAUUCGGCUGGCACUUCGUCAAAUAGCCGAAUAGAACCGAAAACCUACAGACUUUGCUUGCCCAAAUUGUAACUUUGAUACAUUCCUGAGCGUCGCGAAUCCUUUACUUCGCGCUCCGCCGAAGUAAUAAAUAAAACGGAGAGGUUUUCAGCAUGAACGAGCAAACGAUCUAAUGAAUGAAGUAACGCUCUCUAAACAACAAGCUGCUGCUCCGAUGACGAUCUGACUAAACACGUGACUGUUUUAUUUUUAACCCUUUUCAGUCAACGGCCGCUGGUCAUUAUGGGCAACAUGGUCCGCGUGUUCUAAGACGUGUGGGACUGGAACCAAGACUCGGAAGCGAUCGUGCACCAAUCCCCCGCCUCAGAACGGAGGAAAAGACUGCAAAGGAAUUGAUAAACAAACGAAGUCCUGUUUGCUGAAGGCAUGUCCCAGUAAGUUCCCCCUCAACUCUACGUGCCGACAAUACAUUUUUUGAAAGUGGAGAAUGAUCAUCGUAGUAAAUUUUCCAAUUUAAGCAAUUGGAAAGAAGAAGCCUGAAAAAAAAAUUAGGGCUUCAACGGGAUUCGAACCCGUGACCUCCGCGUUACCGGUGCGUUGCUCUACCAACUAAGCUAUGAAGCCACAUAAGCAUUGUUUUCAGUUUCUCGAGUUUUUCCAUCUUUACCUACUAUUCAGUUUUGUAUUUGCUCUGUUAUUAAUACCUUGUUGCAAUGUUUUUAGCGACUAUUUUUGUUUCACUCAAUUUGGUGACAGUUUCUACUUUCAGAAUUUGGAUGAAAUCCGUGAUUCAGCUCCAUUAAAGUGACGUCUCCUCCCGCGCCGCCUCUUCAUCUUUAUUUUCGCACCUGAAAAUACUGAUAGUCUUUACACUAGAGCCUAAAUAAGCUAAGAAAUAUUUCAAGACAAGUAAUUUUUAAUUAUUUCAAGUAAAAUAAAGCCCUUAUAACUCUCUUAUAAACCGCAGUUAAUUAUCAGUGCAUUCUAGGACAUUUUUACUGGAAUGGUGCUUAGAGUUGAAAGACUCGGCCAGUGAAAAAAAGGCGACAUGUCAGUUUUUAUAGAAGCAAACAUUAAGGAAGAUAGAUAAUUUUGAAAUCUGGGGUGUCUUGCCUCAUAUACUCACUUGACUCUCCAAGUGUUUCUCCCCAUCAGUUUUCGCUAAAAAAAUUUUUUAUCGCAACCGUUUCGCACUGACGCUUUUAUCGGGAAUCUCCCUUAGUCAACGGUCGCUGGUCAUUAUGGGCAACAUGGUCCGCGUGUUCUAAGACGUGUGGGACUGGAACCAAGACUCGGAAGCGAUCGUGUACCAAUCCCCCGCCUCAGAACGGAGGAAAGGGAUGCAAAGGAAUUGAUAAACAAACAAAGUCCUGUUUGCUGAAGACAUGUCCCAGUAAGUUCAACUCAAGUUUAAAAAUAGGAUUAUUCUUUUUCUUAAUAACAUCACAAUUACGUUAUUAAUAACCUCCUCUUUGUCUCCCGUUAUUACUGACUGUAUUUAGUUGUUCAGUUGUUUUCUCUGCGUGGCACUGAACUAACGAUAACAAUAGACACUUUCAAAAAACAAAACUGCUUUGUACGUUUUUCUGACAAUUAUUGAGCGUUACGAAUGAUUAAUUUUUUAGCGGACGGUGGUUGGAGCGCAUGGGGAAAAUGGUGCGCAUGCUCUAAAACGUGUGGCACUGGAACACAGCACCGCAGUCGGACCUGCACGAAUCCAAGGCCUGCGUAUGGAGGGAGACAGUGCCUUGGAGAAAACACGGAGACCAGGAACUGUAACACAAAUUCUUGCCCAGGUGCACAUGCUCUUUAACCAAAAAACGCUCACAGUAAGGCUAUGUUCACACCAUACGGGAUAGCUUUUGCGCCGGCAUUUAAAGCUAUCCCGUACAGUGUGAACACAGCAGCCUCAUCAAUCUGACGCGGCUAAGGGUUCUGCUGUAUGUAGUUCUCUGCACUGUGGGACUCGUUACCUUAUAGCAGUCCUAGCACGCCCGACUGCUCAGGUGCCCCGUUGGGCGGGGAACGUUUCCAGGGGCCAGGUUCGAUUCCUGGGCGAUUUUGGCGUACUGGUGUACAGUCCUUCAGGCGUUGAUCGGCAGAGCCAUUGCACUCCGGCUCUGUUAAGUAUCGUGAUGUCGUUCGGCCAUUGCACUGACCAUUGCUCUACCGAGUCCGUGGCUGGGGGCGCCUGAAAAACAACAACAAAUAAAAACUCACGUUCAAUCCGAUUUGCGUUUUCUUUUGUCUGUCGUACAAUUGGCUUUCCAUUGUUCGAUUUUAACCUUACUUUAUUCAACUACUCCCAUGCAAUAUCAUUGGCUAAAAUAAAGGAAAGUGAUUUCUGUUCUUGUAACUUUUUAGUAAUCAGCGGCUGUCGAAAUUCCAGCCAUUGCUUAAAACCGCCCAUAUCUUGACUAAUAACUGAAAACAGCGUUAAGAAACAUCAAAUUCGUAAAAUUGUCGUCCCUAUCAAUCUAACACCCCCCUCUCCCACCCCCUCACUCGAUACUAUCCGUCUCCCCCCCACCUCACUCGAUACUAUCCGUCGAUUGAAGGGUCGCUUUACACUAAAGCUAGCUUUAUUUUACGUGAAAACCAGGUAAAAUCUGAUAUAGCUGAACUUACCAUUUGCGGCAGGCUGGUUCUUUCUUGACACUUGUGCUUCCUGCUUUUCUGAUGCUUCUUAGGUUAUGGUGGCUGGGGUUCCUGGGGAACAUGGUCAGCAUGUUCAAAAACCUGUGGAACUGGAUCUCAAAGCCGGAAAAGAACUUGUUUUGGUUACAACUCUGGAUAUGACAAAUGUCCUGGAUCACAUGAGGAGACGCGUGACUGUAACACUCAAAUGUGCCCCGGUAAGUCACGUUUUAGUUAUCUUGAACAGGGAAACAGUCAUUAAAGGAAAGAUGAACACCGCAAAAGUAAAAUGAAAUAAAUAAAACGCAGAGAUUUUCAGCAUGAACGAGCAAACGAUCUAAUGAAUGAAGUAACGCUCUCUAAACAACAAGCUGCUGCUCCGGUGACGAUCUGACUAAACACGUGACUGUUUUAUUUUAAACCCUUUUCAGUCAACGGCCGCUGGUCAUUAUGGGCAACAUGGUCCGCGUGUUCUAAGACGUGUGGGACUGGAACCAAGACUCGGAAGCGAUCGUGCACCAAUCCCCCGCCUCAGAACGGAGGAAAAGACUGCAAAGGAAUUGAUAAACAAACGAAGUCCUGUUUGCUGAAGGCAUGUCCCAGUAAGUUCACCCCCCCCCUCCACUCUACGUGCCGACAAUACAUUUUUUGAAAGUGGAGAAUGAUCAUCGUAGUAAAUUUUCCAAUUUAAGCAAUUGGAAAGAAGAAGCCUGAAAAAAAAAAAAAAAUUAGUGCUUCAACGGGAUUCGAACCCGUGACCUCCGCGUUACCGGUGCGUUGCUCUACCAACUAAGCUAUGAAGCCACAUAAGCAUUGUUUUCAGUUUCUCGAGUUUUUCCAUCUUAACCUACUUUUCAGUUUUGUAUUUGCUCUGUUAUUAAUACCUUGUUGCAACGUUUUUAGCGACUAUUUUUGUUUCACUCAAUUUGGUGACAGUUUCUACUUUCAGAAUUUGGAUGAAAUCCGUGAUUCAGCUCCAUUAAAGUGACGUCUCCUCCCGCGCCGCCUCUUCAUCUUUAUUUUCGCACCUGAAAAUACUGAUAGUCUUUACACUAGAGCCUAAAUAAGCUAAGAAAUAUUUCAAGACAAGUAAUUUUUAAUUAUUUCAAGUAAAAUAAAGCUCUUAUAACUCUCUUAUAAACCGCAGUUAAUUAUCAGUGCAUUCUAGGACAUUUUUACUGGAAUGGUGCUUAGAGUUGAAAGACUCGGCCAGUGAAAAAAAGGCGACAUGUCAGUUUUUAUAGAAGCAAACAUUAAGGAAGAUAGAUAAUUUUGAAAUCUGGGGUGUCUUGCCUCAUAUACUCACUUGACUCUCCAAGUGUUUCUCCCCAUCAGUUUUCGCUAAAAAAAAUUUUUAUCGCAACCGUUUCGGACUGACGCUUUUAUCGGGAAUCUCCCUUAGUCAACGGUCGCUGGUCAUUAUGGGCAACAUGGUCCGCGUGUUCUAAGACGUGUGAGACUGGAACCAAGACUCGGAAGCGAUCGUGUACCAAUCCUCCGCCUCAGAACGGAGGAAAGGGAUGCAAAGGAAUUGACAAACAAACGAAGUCCUGUUUGCUGAAGGCAUGUCCCAGUAAGUUCAACUCACCCUAAACUCUGCACGCCAACAGUAAAAUUUUUGCAUACACACACAAUUGAAUAACUAGAUUCCUAAGAGGUAAAGUUAACUGUUGUUCGUUCUAGUGACGCUAAUUAGAGGCGGAUAUAUAUCCACCUGCCUUUUAUCAUAUUUGAAUGGAAAAGGCGCAUUAUAAAUUUCUGUGAGGUUCAUGUUUGUCUUGUCCCAGAGCGUUUCUUGCAUCCCAGCUGAGCGCUUAUAUACCACGUGACUGACCAGCUGCAAAGAGACUAUUGCUGUUAGAGCGAUUUUCGUAUGACCUUGAAAAAUGGUUUCGGUAAGUGUUCGUUAUUUGUUUUAUCAGCCAAUGGAUGAAAAGAUCAAAACAUGCCAAAGAAAACCCUAAUAUGGAGAAGGCAUUGUUCGAUUGGCCAAUCGUGUUGCAGUAUGACGUCAAAGCGAAGAAUGGAUUGAUUUCUAGAAAGUUCUCGGGCAUGAAGUAGACACGCGCGUUUGUGUCCGCUCGAUGAACCAAUCAUAUCGCUCUAUUUCCGUUCGUUUCUUGGUUCGGUUUUGUUCGCGCGUUUUCAUUUCAAGGUCAAACGAAAAUCGCUCUAUCAAUCAGCAUAAAAAAGUUCAGGAGAGGAGAUCCAGGAGCGGGGAGAGGAGGUCUAUUUAAGAACAAGAAUAAUCCUUGAAUUUGAUUAAAUUUUUUUGAAGUUGUUGUUAAUGGCGGAUGGGGAAACUGGAGCGACUGGAGCGCAUGUAGUGCAUCAUGUGGGCCUGGGAACAGCAUCAGGACACGGCGAUGCGACAGUCCUCCACCGGGUUCCGGGGGAAACCCUUGUGUGGGACUUCGUUUGGAGAACAAGCCUUGCAAUUUAAGACCAUGUCCUACAGGUAAAUAUACAGAGCAGGACGAGCACAUGUAUAAAUGCGAGUAAACGAAGGCGGGAAUUGAAGUAUGUAACCAAGAUCAAUUGAGGUUCCUAAGUAACUGAUCACCUAUCCCUCCCCAAAGUCACAAUUUUACCUUAAGGGAGAAGUAAGUGUUAAUGUUAACUUAGGGGAGGGAUAGGUGGUCAGUUACCCAGAACCUAAACAAGAGCCGAUUAGAAUUCGGUUCGUAAAGAAACUUAUUUACGACCGAGUCUGACAAAUGAAUGGAGGAGGAAGGACUGACAAAACAAAGAAAGAAACAAAUUAACGGCGGACGAAAGAAUAAAUAAAGGUGACAGGAACGCGAUAGGUAAUGACUUGACGCUGUAAUUAUUUGGUAAGAUGACAGAAAUAAACAAGAUAAUUUUGCAAAAAAUUCAAUUGAAAUUCCAUGAUAAGGUUACAAUUUCCAUUAUUAACGUGUGAAACCUUAUUUCGUACGCUGCUGAGUAACUAAUUUCUGAAAAAUACGGACGAGCCGGCACCAAACUCGUCCAAGAAGUACAAACACAUGUAGACUUUCAUACCUUUAUUCUUUUAGUUGCAGUUGUCAACGGCGGAUGGGGGAACUGGAGCGAGUGGAGUGCCUGUAGUACAUCAUGUGGGCCUGGGACUAGUAUCAGAACCCGGCGAUGUGAUAAUCCCCCUCCGAGUCCCGGAGGUAAAUCUUGUGUGGGACUUCCCGUGGGUAAUAAGCCAUGUGAUCUGGGACCAUGUCCAGGAGGUGAGUGUAUUGCGUUACAAGUCAACAUUUAUACCAACUAUCCCAUCUAAUCCUAGGCUGGACAAAGAACAGGUCCCGGUUGCUCAACGGUUGGAUAGCGCUAUCCACCGGAUAAAUCACUAUCCAGCGGUAAGUGUUAGGCAAUCCUAUUGCGUUACCCAUUGCUUUAAAAAAUUUGUCCAGUGGAUAACGCUAUCCAUCUUUUGAACUAGUAGGGCCAGUAAUGUAAAGUAGCAAACAGGGCAGGAGGUUUCAAGCAAACAAUUGCGGUCUGAAAGAAACAAAUUGCGGGUGCCUCGCGUAUCGCACUUAUUUACAGACAAUAUAUUUUCCGGUGUUCGAACGAUGUAACCACAUCAAACCUAGGAGGAAAGAGGAUUUUCUAUUUCCCUAUGGUGAAGACAGAUCCUUCCGGGAAUAUCUAAGUGGGCGAAGGCGCUAAAACGAGAGGAUUUCGAAACCUUGUCAACACUUAUUUCCUUUUCAUUAAACUCUUUACUUUGCGCUGCAUGUCUAUCAUUAGGAACUCUUUCUCUCUGGUACUUUGGUCCUUUGCUCACACUUUCGCGGUUCCGUGCUUGGUGCCCAUUCAUUUUCAAUGCCCCAUUAAAAGGGGCCACUAUUACGAAAGUAGUAAUUAUCCAGACAAGGCCCCAGUUGUUCAAAAAUUGGAUAGCGGUAUCCACCAUAUAAAUCUCUAUUCAGUUGAUAGUGCAAUUGGUUUCCCUAAUACUUAUCCAUUGGAAAGAGAUUUAUCCAAUGGGUAGCGCUAUUCAGACCGACACAUCGUAAGACAAUUCGAUUGUCAUCGUGAAUUCCUUUUCAUUUGUGGGUGUGCAAACACAAAGAGUGACAGACAUUCUAGUUGGCUUCUUGAGACUUUCCUGUCUUUCUAAGACCCGACCUAAAAGGUCGACUCAGCGGAAGUGUGGAGGGUAAGUAAGUGUCCCAAUGAUGAGCCCCUUGUGGUACUUUCUCGUUUUCCCUUCAGGAAAACUUCAUUGUUUGUUGUUCGCUUACGCUUGUCCUUGAACCUGCAGAUUGCUGGAGUGACUGGAGUGACUGGAGUGACUGGAGCCAAUGCACUAAGGCCUGUGGCUGUGGGAAACAAUUCAGGGUCCGAUUUUGCAACUGCGCGUACGGCCAAGGGCAUAGCCAGUGCCAGGGGCCCGGAGAGAGCUCACAAACGUGCAACUGCAAUGCGUGCCCGAAUGGCCCCCCUUUUUGA